UCUGACUACUCCUCAUGGCGGCGGCAUCAGGUUGGGCGCGGUGUGGCGGUGACUGAGCUGCGAGCCUGGCGGGCGUGCGCCGAGCCCCGGCCCGGCCUCCGCGUGCCCCCGGGGCUCCGCACCCCUGAUGCUGCGCGGGUGCUGAGCCCGCCCCGGCCGGGACGAUGGUGAAGUAUUUCCUGGGCCAGAGCGUGCUCCGGAGUUCCUGGGACCAAGUGUUCGCUGCCUUCUGGCAGCGGUACCCGAAUCCCUACAGGAAGUCUGGGCCAGGUUGCUCCAAGUGGGAGCCCCAACGGGCCGUGUACCAGGGGAAGGCUCCUGAGGAUCACCUCUCUGCCACGUGCAGCAAACAUGUCUUGACGGAAGACAUAGUACACCGGGAGGUCACCCCUGACCAGAAGCUCCUGUCCCGGCGACUCCUGACCAAGACCAACAGGAUGCCUCGCUGGGCCGAGCGACUGUUUCCUGCCAAUGUUGCUCACUCGGUGUACAUCCUGGAAGACUCUAUUGUGGACCCACAGAAUCAGACCAUGACUACCUUCACCUGGAACAUCAACCACGCCCGGCUGAUGGUGAGCGCCUCUCCCCCAAAGGUGGUGGAGGAACGCUGUGUUUACUGUGUGAACUCUGAUAACAGCGGCUGGACCGAAAUCCGCCGGGAAGCCUGGGUCUCCUCGAGCUUGUUUGGUGUCUCCAGAGCUGUCCAGGAAUUUGGUCUGGCCCGGUUUAAAAGCAACGUGACCAAGACUAUGAAGGGUUUUGAAUACAUCUUGGCCAAGCUGCAAGGUGAGGCGCCUUCCAAAACACUUGUUGAAACCGCCAAGGAAGCCAAAGAAAAGGCAAAGGAGACGGCGCUGGCAGCUACAGAGAAGGCCAAGGACCUUGCCAACAAGGCGGCCACCAAGAAACAGCAGCAGCAGCAACAGUUUGUGUAGCCGGGCCCUUCCCACCACCACCACACACCAGACAAUCUGGCUCCAACUCCUCUGCCUUAUCCCCAGUGUGUUUUUCUUAUUAAAAAUCAAUUUCUAGCUCUAUCUACUGUCUGAGGGGUAGGGUGGGGAUGGGGGGCAGGGGUCCUGUUUGGCAUUUACAGGACACCAAGCACAUUACCCGUGUCUGUGCAGGGCCUGCUUAUUCCCCCAUUAGGCAGCUAAGGACUCUGAGGCACAGAGAGGUGCAUACUUGCCCAGGGUCACAGUGUGCAGGUGAAGUGGUCAUAAACCCUAGACUGUAAGCUCCGCGAGGGCAGGGAUCUCUGUUUGCUUUCUGAUGUGUCUCAAGUACCUGGAACAAUAUCUAGCACAUAAUAGGCACCAAUAAAUGUUUGUUGAAUUCA